AUGGCUGAAAACAAUGCAACGUCUUCGGGGACACAAGCUUCAUCGGCUCCUUCGAUUAGACAAAAGAAAGACGGAGCAUGGAAAUAUGUUACUGAGGGUACAAAUGCGAAAGGGAAGAAGAUAUGGAUUUGUGGAUUUUGUAAAAAAAUAUUUGCAGGUGGAGGUAUUAAUAGGAUGAAGCAACACCUUUCUGGGGUUAAAGGAGCCGUGACUGCGUGCCAAAAAGUUAGUUUAGAGGUUCAGCUUGAAAUCAAAGAUUUGUUGGAUGCUCAUGCGCAAAAAAGUAAGGCCAAGAAAGCGAUGGCUGAAGAUUUAGAUGCUUACGAAGAAGAUGAAAUUCUGGAAAUUCCUUCUCAAACAGAGGUUUCGAAUGGAAAAAGGAAAGCUUCAUAUGCUAUUGACUCAUUUUGUAAAAAAGGUGUAAGUCUUUCUUCCCAACCUAGUAUUAAAGCAUGCAUGCAAAGUAAAGACAAAUGGAAAGAUACUGACUUGGCCAUUGCAUUGUGGUUUUAUGAUGCUUGUAUUCCAUUUAAUGCUUGCACUUCACCUUACUUUCAAGCUGCGAUCAAUAAAAUAGCUAGUAUGGGUCAUGGAUAUACACAUCCUUCUUAUCAUGCUUUGCGUGUCAAUUUAUUGAAUGAUGCUAAGACACAUGUUACGUUGAUGAUUGACUCUAUUAGAGAUACUUGGGCUGACACUGGUUGUACCAUAAUGGGGGAUGGUUGGACUGACAUUAGGCAAAGGUCUUUGAUUAAUUUUUUGGUUUACUGUCCAAAGGGGAUUUCAUUUAUCAAAUCUGUUGAUGCUUCUGAUAUUUGCACAAAUGCUGAUACAUUGUGUAAUUUGUUUGCUGAUAUUGUGGAGUGGGUUGGUCCUCGUAAUGUUGUUCAUAUGGUAACGGAUAAUGGGGCCAAUUAUAAAGCUGCGGGUUCUAGACUCAUGGAGAAAUAUCCAUUCAUUUUUUGGUCACCUUGUGCAGCUCAUUGUGUUAAUUUGAUAUUUAAAGAUGUUGGAGAUAUGCCCACAGUUCAAUCUUUAGCCGUUCUUGCAUCAAAAGUUACUGUUUUUGUGUAUAAUCAUAAGUUCGCCUUGAACUGGUUAAGAAAUCGAAAGGGGUGGCGAGAAAUUAUCCGUCCUGGUGCAACUCGAUUUGCAACUACCUUUAUUGCAUUACAAAGUUUGUAUGCGCAUAAGGAUGAUUUGCAAGCAUUGGUUGUUAGUCCUGACUAUAAGCAAUAUCUAAAGAUGCAAAAAGGUAGAGAAGUAAAACAAAUUGUGUUGGAUGAGAAUUUUUGGAAUAACUGCUUGGUGAUUGUGAGGGUUAUGACGCCAUUGAUACGACUUUUGCGUCUUUGUGAUACUGAUGAAAAACCAUCUAUGGGUUAUAUUUAUGAGGGCAUGUUUAGAGCACGAAAGGGGAUUAUGAAUAUAUUUAAAAACAAGAAAAAGUUGUACAAGCCCUAUGUUGAUAUUAUUGACAGUAGAUGGGAUCGUAUGCUGCGUAAAGAUCUUCAUGCAACAGCGUAUUAUCUGAAUCCUGCUUUUCAGUAUGACAAAUCUACUUUUUGUACUGAGCCUGAGAUUAUGGGUGGAGUUUUGAAUCAUUAA